UACGUAAAUAUGGCGGCUAAAAUUGCUAAAGUGGUUUUUACGGGGCUUUCAGUAUCUUCUUGUCUAAAUCUUCCACUGAAAUAUUAAUAAUAUAUUCAAAUAUGGCUACUGCUGUUACAAACACAACAGCAAAGGCAAUCGGAAGCUAUGUGGGUGAAACAAAAGGGCAGAUUCGAGAUGGUUUUGGCGUUUAUCAUUAUCCAAACAAGUUCUUCCGUUACGAAGGUGAAUGGAAAGAAGGCCAGAAAAAUGGUCAUGGUCGAUUAAUGAUGGCAGAUGGUAGUUUUUAUGAGGGAGCAUUCAAAAAUGGUGAAAUUACUGGUCAUGGUUACAGAACAUGGGCACAUACUAAGAAUGCAUAUACUGGGCAAUUUGAACGUGGUGAGCUGUGUGGUACUGGUGUAAUGGUUUACGGAAAUGGUGAUAAAUAUGAAGGAGGGUGGCAAAAUAACAGAAGAGAAGGUGAAGGUGAAAUGAAAGAAGCAAAUGGCAGUGUUUAUAAAGGUUCAUUUUAUCAACACAAAAAGCAUGGGAGAGGCUAUCAACUUUACAGUAAUGGUGACCAAUAUGAUGGUGAAUGGGUGAAAGGGAUGAAACAAGGGCAUGGUACAAUGAAAUAUUCUGAUGGAACAAUAUAUGAUGGGCAGUGGAGAGAUGACACUUACAAUGGACAGGGCAGUAUUGUUCACAUUUCUGGUGUGCUAUAUGAAGGAAUAUGGGUUGCUGGAAGACCAGCCAUUGAGGCUUUCACUUUGGCUUUCAAUGGAUCAAAUGUGAUUGAGAUAGAUCAAGACAAACCCUUUGGCAUUGAGAUAUUCUGUCAAACUGUUGAUGGUGAAGUGGCUAAUGAUGAUGGUCGUCUUCUCCAAAUAUCAGCUGGUGUCAAAGUCUCAAAUAAACGUUUUUCAACUGAUGGAAAGCCAAGUGAACAUGAGAUUUUUUCUACUCCAUUUGAUUUUGAUGCAGAACCAUACCCACUUACAGAAAUCCCCACAGAUUGCGAGCCUUUGAACAUUCUUGGUAGAAAUGAUCCACCUUCACCAAUAAUGGAGUCAGAUGACAAAAACACAUCAGAACAGAACCGACCAGGCCAGGAUGACCACUUUAAAACAAAUUUUAGUCCUCCAUCCACAGCAGCUGGUAAUUUGAUGUCAUCCAGGCCAGACAGUGUACGUCAUUCAUCCUCAUUGGCAACGGAUGGUGAGGGAGCACCAGAGGGUAUGAGCAGUAGUUCACAGGGAUAUUUAUUUCCAAUAGUCCCGACAAUUCGUACAGUCAACGGCCGCGCUACAUUUGAAAAUCUUUACCUUCCGCCUUGUUCUCGUACUUAUUCUUUAACAUUUGAGGAUAGAGAAAUUCUGGAUGGUCGAUCAAGUCAAGGACAAAAGUCAAAGCGAAGCAGUAAAAAGGGGAGUGUUCAACACAGCUUAACUGACAUGACAGAAAUAAAAGAAGGAAGACGCAAAAAAGAAAAGAAAGAUGAAAAACACAACCAUGAAGAAAAAGCAAAAUUCUGCAAACCAGGAGAUUAUGUCGUCAUCGUUAAAGAAGUUACCAAUCCUCCGUUUCUUGGCUCACUCUUACAACCAGCAUACUGUCAUGUUAAGGUGAAUGCUAAGCAGAAAAGAGCGAAAAGUAAAAUGGAUAGAAAAUGAAGAUUUGAGAUAUAAGUAAAACGACCAUCACAAAGAAAGUGGUACAAUUCAAGAAAUAACAUUUAAAGAUACGAACAAAGAAAUCCUGUGAAUAAAAAGUUUAAAUGUAAUAAUAUGUUGUAGAUAAAACAGAGUAAUAA